AUGACAGACCCUGUGUUGGACUCACAGCCAGGCAACAGUACUGGGGAGAUGGAUGGACUGUGCUCUGAACUAUUACUGAUCCCCCAGCCUCUCUCUAACAGUGGAAUCCUGGAGCCUGUUCAGAGCCCCUGCACCCCUGGGAGCCCCACACCUUUGCCUGCCCACUCAGGCUGUUUGCUGGUCGAGGCCACAGCAACUGAAGAGGGCACAGGGAACAUGGAGAUCAUUGUGGAAGCAGUAGGUGGAAACCUGUCCCCGAGUGCUCCUGGAGACACCCCAGCACCCAAACUAGCCCCAGGAGAGGGAGAGUCUUCCAAAGAAGCAGGUGUACCCUUGCCUGGGCAGGAAUCAGCUGACGAGGAGGAAGCUGAGGAAGAAGAGAGUAGCUCCCAGAAGGACUCCCAGAAUGUCCUGGAAAAAGGCCAGGGGCCUCAGCAAUUGGAAGGUGAGGUGGCUUCUGGCACUGAGUCCCUCUUCAAGACCCAUAUGUGUCCAGAGUGCAAGCGCUGCUUUAAGAAGCGGACCCAUCUGGUGGAGCACCUGCAUCUCCAUUUCCCGGACCCCAGCCUCCAGUGCCCCAACUGCCAGAAGUUCUUCACCAGUAAGAGCAAGCUCAAGACCCACCUGCUGCGGGAGCUGGGCGAGAAGGCCCACCGCUGCCCACUGUGCCACUACAGUGCCGUGGAAAGGAAUGCACUCAACCGCCACAUGGCCAGCAUGCACGAGGACAUAUCCAACUUCUACUCAGACACAUACGCCUGUCCUGUCUGCCGUGAGGAAUUCCACCGCAGCCAGGCCCUCAAGGAGCACCUCAAGAGUCACACAGCAGCGGCUGCAGCAGAGCCACUGUCUCUUCACUGCUUUCAGGAGGGCUGCAGCUACACAGCACCUGACCGCAAGGCCUUCGUAAAGCACUUGAAAGAGGCCCACAGCGUGCGGGCUGUGGAGUGCCGCCAUCAUUCAUGCCCCAUGCUUUUUGCCACAGCCGAGGCCAUGGAGGUCCACCACAAGAGCCAUUAUGCCUUCCACUGCCCCCACUGUGACUUCGCCUGCUCCAACAAGCACCUGUUCCGUAAGCACAAGAAGCAGGGCCACCCUGGCAGUGAAGAGCUGCACUGCACUUUCUGUCCCUUUGCCACCUUCAACCCAGUGGCCUACCAGGACCAUGUGGGCAAGAUGCAUGCUCAUGAGAAGAUCCACCAGUGCCCUGAAUGCAGUUUUGCCACUGCCCACAAGAGAGUGCUCAUCCGACACAUGCUGCUGCAUACUGGUGAGAAACCUCACAAGUGUGAGCUGUGUGACUUCACAUGCCGAGAUGUGAGCUACCUGUCCAAGCACAUGCUGACCCACUCCAACACCAAGGAUUACAUGUGCACCGAAUGUGGCUACGUCACCAAAUGGAAGCACUACCUCAGUGUACACAUGCGAAAACACGCAGGGGACCUCAGAUACCAGUGCAACCAGUGCUCCUAUCGCUGCCACCGGGCUGACCAGCUGAGCAGCCACAAGCUGCGGCACCAGGGCAAGUCCCUGAUGUGUGAGGUGUGUGCCUUCGCCUGCAAGCGGAAGUAUGAGCUGCAGAAGCACAUGGCUUCCCAGCACCGCCCUGGCACACCAGCUCCUCUCUACCCCUGCCGCUACUGCAGCUACCAAAGCCGCCACAAGCAGGCCCUGCUGAGCCAUGAGAACUGCAAACACACCCGCCUCCGUGAGUUCCGCUGUGCCCUCUGUGACUACCGCACCUUCAGCAACACCACCCUUUUCUUCCACAAGCGCAAAGCCCAUGGCUACGUACCUGGGGACCAGGUCUGGCAGCUCCGCUAUGCUAGCCAGGAGCCAGGGGGCUCUAGGCAGUGUCCAACACCCCCAUCAGACACAGAGCCCUCAAACCAGCUGUCUUCCCAGCCUGAGAGUCUGAGCACUGACCCUGGGACUGUCGUGGAGCCCAGUUUGGGCCAGGCCAUGCCAGAGACAAGUGAGGAGGAUGGUGCUGGGAGACAGGAUGGCGCUGAGGCUCCUCAGGGGGAUGACCUCGUUGGCAGUCCCCGCCCAGCAGAGGUGGAUGAGGGUGGCUGCACUCUACACCUAGAGGCCCUGAGAGUAGAGCUGGAACCCGUGGCCGAGCCACCCCUUGAGGAGAUCACUGAGACAGCCCCAGUGGAGUUCAGGACCCUGGAUACCUCAGGGUCCUUGGGACUGGAAGGGCCAGAUGGAACUUUGACAGAGCUAUCCAGCUUUGAAGGCGUUGGGCCUUCUGGCUUGGGUGCUAAUGAAGAGCCCAUUCUGGAGAAGCCAGUCCCUGAGCCUCCCAGAGAGCCCCCAUUCUCAGAGGAGCCCCCUAACAGCUGGGUGGGAACCUUCAAGACAACUCCAUCUGCUGAGACAGCACCCUUGCCCCAGUUUCCUGAGUCAGAGUCAUUACUCAAGGCCCUAAGGAGGCAGGACAAAGAGCAGGCUGAGGCACUGGUGCUGGAGGGACGAGUGCAGAUGGUAGUGAUCCAAGGAGAGGGCCGGGCCUUCCGCUGCCCACACUGCCCUUUUAUCACCCGCCGGGAGAAGGCCCUGAGUCUGCACUCCAGGACCGGGUGCCAGGGCCGCCGAGAGCCCCUGCUGUGCCCUGAGUGUGGGGCCAGCUUCAAGCAACAGCGGGGCCUCAGCACCCACUUGCUGAAGAAGUGCCCUGUUCUCAGAAAGAACAAGAGCUUGCCCAGAUCAGAGUCACCCAGCCCUGUGCCCACCGGCACCCUGGCCUCAGAGGAUGCAAACACUGGGAGGCCCCCACUAGAACCAUUAGAAAUAGAGCUAGUGUUUCCAAAAGCUACCCCUUCUGAGCUGCCCAGUGAGCCAAAAAACCUAGAGGAACCUCUUAUCACACCCUCUGGCUCCCCAGUCCCUCCUGCAGGGAACCCCAUACCUACAGGGACCCCUGAGAAGUUCUGCUUUGAGCAGGGCAAGUUUCACUGCAACUCGUGCACAUUCCUUUGUUCUCGGCUAUCCUCCAUUACCUCUCAUGUGGCUGAAGGCUGCCGGGGGGCACGUGGUAGGGGAGGGAAGCAAGGGGUCCCCCAGGCCCAGCCUGUUGUGUCCUCUGUGAACAGUGGGGACUCUGCUCCCCUGAGCAAUGGGAGCACAGUGUUCAGCCCUGGUGGUGGUGACCUAGCUCUGGUUCCAAGACAGAAAGGGGCUCGCUUCUCCUGCCCUACGUGCCCCUUUAGCUGCCAGCAGGAACGUGCUUUGAGGACUCAUCAGGCCCGGGGCUGUCCCCUUGAGGAGUCUGGAGAGCUACACUGUGGCCUCUGCCCAUUCACCACUCCUGCUGCUGCCGCCUUGAGGCUCCACCAAAAGAGGCGGCACCCCACUGUGUGCCCAGCCCGUGGCCCCCGGCCACCCCUGCAGUGUGAGGACUGCAACUUCACCUGUAAGCAAAGCCGAUGUCUACAGCAGCACCGGCGGCUCAAGCAUGAAGGGGUGAAGCCACAUCAGUGCCCUUUCUGCGACUUUUCUACCACCAGGAGGUACCGACUGGAGGCCCACCAGUCCCGGCACACGGGUGUGGGCCGCAUCCCCUGCAGCUCCUGCCCUCAGACAUUUGGUACCAACUCGAAGCUGCGCUUGCACCGCCUAAGGGUACAUGACAAAACACCCACCCACUUCUGUCCACUGUGUGACUAUAGUGGCUACCUCCGCCAUGACAUCACACGCCACGUCAACAGCUGCCACCAAGGCACUCCAGCCUUUGCCUGCCCCCAGUGUGAGGCCCAGUUCAGCUCAGAGACGGCACUCAAGCAGCAUGCUCUGCGCCGGCACCCUGAGCCAGCACCCCCAGCCCCUGGCUCUCCUGCAGAGGCUACCCAGGGCCCCCUGCACUGCUCCCGCUGUGGGCUGCUGUGUCCCAGCCCUGCCAGCCUGCGAGGACACACCCGUAAGCAGCACCCACGGCUGGAAUGUGCGGCCUGUCGGGAGGCCUUCCCUAGUCGGCCAGCACUGGAUGAGCAUCGGAGGCAGCGGCACUUCAGCCACCGCUGUCAGCUCUGUGACUUUGCAGCCCGGGAGCAGGUGGGCCUGGUGAAGCACUACCUGGAGCAGCACGAGGAGACUUCAGCAGCAGCCUCCGAUGUGGACAGGGGUGCUAGCCAGCCUCCUCUGCGCUGCCCCUUUUGUGACUUUGCAUGCCGCCAUCAGCUGGUGUUAGAUCACCACGUGAAGGGCCAUGGGGGGACUCGGCUCUACAAGUGUACUGACUGUGCGUACAGCACCAAGAACCGGCAAAAGAUCACCUGGCACAGCCGCAUCCACACUGGGGAAAAGCCCUACCGCUGUCACCUCUGCCCCUAUGCUUGUGCCGACCCCUCUCGCCUCAAGUACCAUAUGCGGAUCCACAAGGAAGAAAGGAAGUACCUGUGCCCUGAGUGUGGCUAUAAGUGCAAGUGGGUCAAUCAGCUCAAAUACCACAUGACUAAGCACACAGGACUAAAGCCAUACCAGUGUCCCGAGUGUGAGUACUGCACCAACCGGGCUGAUGCACUGCGUGUGCACCGGGAGACACGGCAUCGAGAAGCCCGGGCCUUCAUGUGUGAACAGUGUGGCAAGGCCUUCAAGACGCGCUUCCUGCUGCGCACCCACCUCCGCAAGCAUAGCGAGGCCAAACCCUAUGUGUGCAAUGUGUGCCACCGUGCUUUCCGCUGGGCUGCUGGCCUGCGCCACCACGCCCUCACCCACACCGACCGUCACCCCUUUUUCUGCCGCCUCUGUAGCUACAAGGCCAAGCAGAAAUUCCAGGUGGUCAAGCACGUCCGCAGGCACCACCCCGACCAGGCUGACCCAAACCAGGGUGUGGGCAAAGACCCCACCACCCCCACAGUGCACCUGCAUGACGUGCAGCUGGGGGACCCUGGCCCUCCUGCUCCUGCUGCUCCAUCCACUGGACCUGAGGGCUGA